AUGGGUCAGAUCCAGUACUCCGAGAAGUACUUCGACGACACCUACGAGUACAGGCACGUCGUCCUCCCGCCCGAGGUCGCCAAGCUCCUCCCCAAGAACCGUCUCCUAUCCGAGAACGAGUGGCGCGCGAUCGGCGUGCAGCAGAGCCGCGGGUGGGUGCACUACGCGAUCCACCGUCCCGAGCCGCACAUCAUGCUGUUCCGCCGCCCGAUCAACUACCAGCAGCAGCAGGAGGCGGCUGCCGCCCAGAUGCUAGCCAAGUGA